GUUACAUUGCACAACCCCAUCGGAAGAAAGACUCCUCACUCAUGUUGCCUUUUGCUCCUCCUUGAGGCUCAUUGCGCGUCAUCUGUGAAUCAGGAUGGGCCCCAGCGCCAAGGGGAAGGAGAUGAUUGUGAUUGUCUCCGUCCUGGUCGGCCUUGCGUGCCUCAGUAUGGCUUUACGAUUUGUUGCCAGAGUUAAGCGGCGCACUGGAUUCGGGGUAGAUGAUUGUCUCUGCUUCGUGGCUGUCAUAUUGAUGUUGGGGAUGUUGAUUGAGCUGAUACUGUGGUGUUUCAUUGGUGGGAAUGGCUACCAUUUCUCUGAUCUCGAUACUAGGACCAUUACAUUGUUCUAUAAAAUAUUCCUGUCUAGCCAAUUCACUUAUUUCGUCUUGACCCCGGUGAUCAAGAUCUCCUUAAUCUGUUUCUACCGCCGCCUCUUCACCACUAAACGCUUCCUUCGCUUCACCUUCUGCCUGAAUAUGCUCAUUACCGCAUGGUCUUCGGGUAUCUUCUUGGCCUGUGCAUUGCAAUGCCGCCCGCUUCGCGCCUACUGGGAUAUAAAUGUCAAGGGACGCUGCUUCAGCGCAACUACUUUCAUCAUUGUUAACCAGGCGUUCAACGUGGUCAUGGACUUUGUCAUUCUCGCAGUCCCGAUACCUAUGAUUUGGAGACUGCAUCGCUCAUGGCAGGAUAAGCUGGCGUUGAACGCCGUUUUCGCGCUAGGUGCAUUUGUGUGUUUCGCAAGUAUAUAUCGAAUAAUAGUUCUAUUCUACAUCGACCUGAAGGACGUGACAUAUACUAUCUACGACGCCACUCUAUGGACCCAUAUCGAGCCAUCUGUCGGGCUAGUCGUUUCCUGUCUCCCAAUCAUCCGCGGAAUGUUUCCACGAUGUACAUCGGCGGGUCACAAACAGCGGACAACUUCAAGUUUAGGGCAUUCUUCGACCGGCACAACUUGGUCUGGUGGUAUGGAUCAGGAGUGUUUUGAUGGCCGGAAAGGGCUACGAGGCGGGUGUGCAAUUGGGGGGAGGACCUGUCAUCGGUCUGGGAAUGCGAUUGAACUCGAAAAUAUAAGAGUAACAACGGACAUAGAGGUGCAGAUUGGGUGA